AUGCAAGGGGAAAAUGAAAUCAUUCAAACUAUAAAUCUUUUAGAGCCAGUAGAAAUCACAGAGCAUACAAUUUCUAAAUCUCGACAAGAACUUAUAAGUAAAUUACAAGUGAUGCUUGGUUAUGCUCAGUCUACCCUUGAAGAUAAUAUUCCCAAUACUUUGAAGUAUUUAGACAAAGCUCUUUCUUACAUGAAGAAUCCUGAUAAGAAACUUGUUGAGAAAGAAAAUUUGAACCCUUUGAAGAAAAUCAUUCAACAAAGAGUCCAGUAUUCUGAGAAAAAAAUCAUCAAGAUGAAUGGUAAGUGUUCUCAAAAAAAAUCAAUUAAAAAAAGAGACAUUCCACUACUGCCAAAACCAUCAGAAAAUGAAAUUGUUAUGUGUAAGGACAUUCUGAAUGGUAAUAAGAGGACAUCCUAUGUUCACACAGGAGUAGAUCACACAUAUUUUCAAAAUGAAUAA